CCUGCAGCAGCAGCAGCAAAUCUGCUCCUUUCGCCUCUGGCCGUCUGCGGACCGUGCGCGCGCUCCGUGCACGCGGCGGAGCCCCGGAGUCUGACAGGUGAACUCACCUGAGCGCGUGAGGAAGGUUCCUGCAGGAUUUGCUCACAGCAGGAGGGAAGCCGCUGGUUCCGUGCAGCGGGAGGUUCUCAGGUUCUGAUUGACCCGGUGUGGCAGAGGACGACCAGCUGGGGAAGAUGUUCUGGUCAAAGCAGACCUGGACUCUGCUGGUGGUUCUGCUGCUCCUGACGGACCCGUCUGUCGGGCGGCAGCCUCGACGGCGAGGCGUGCGGCGCCAGCGCCGGGCGCACCACGAGCGGCGGCCGCAGCAGAACAUCACGCUGGCGGUGAUUCUCCCACAAAGCAACAUGAAGUACCCCUGGGCGUGGCCUCGGGUCGGGCCCGCGGUGGAACGGGCCAUCAGAACCAUCAACUCCAACCCCACCCUGCUGCCCCACCACCGCCUCGCCUACGCCUUCAAAAGCAGCGAGGACAAGGACGGGAUCUGCUCGGACUCGGUGGCGCCCCUGGUGGCGGUGGACCUGAAGUGGUCCUACGACCCGUGGGCCUUCAUCGGACCGGGCUGCUCCUACACCUCCUCCCCGGUCGGCCUCUUCACCACCCACUGGGAGGUGCCCAUGAUCACCGCCGGCGCCCCAGCCGUGGGCUUCUACGACGGCGUCUACCCGUCCAUCACCAACACGGGCCCCACCCACAGGAAGCUGGGCCGGUUCGGCCUGCGGCUCUGCCAGAACUUCGGCUGGAAGAGACACGUGACGCUGAUCUUCAGCGACACCAAGGCGGACGACCGGCCGUGCUACUUCGCCAUCGAGGGUCUGUACACGGAGCUGAAGGGCGCCAACAUCAGCACCCACACCUGCGUGUUCGAGGAGAACAAGACGCCCAUCAACUACUCGCAGAUCCUCACCGACAUCCAGAACAACGGCCGCGUGAUGGUCGUCUGCUGCCCUGCGGACGUCUUCAGGAAGCUGAUGAUCCACUUCUGGCAGGCCGACCUUCCUCACUCAGAGUACGUGUUUUUCUUCAUCGACCUCUUCGCCGACAGUCUGAGCUCCAGAGGCCAGAAGCCGUGGCAGCGAGGUGACGAAGAGGACGCCGUGGCCAAGGACGCCUUCCAGUGUGUGAAGAUCCUGACGUACCGAGAACCUCAGAACCCAGAGUACCAAGAGUUUAUCUCUGAGCUAAAGAUGGACUCACAGAAGAUGUUUAACUACAGCAUGGAGGACACACUGAUGAACAUCAUCGCUGGAGGGUUCUACGACGGGCUCAUGCUCUACGUCCACGCUCUGAAUGAAACCAUGUCGGCUUCUGGAGUUCGACCGCCGGGAAAAAAUGUCACCAGAAGGAUGUGGAAUCGAACCUUUAAUGGUGUGACGGGGCUCGUUCAGCUGGACGAGAACGGGGACAGAGAAAUGGAAUUCGCUCUGUGGGACUUGAUGGACACCAACAGCAGCAUCUACCAGAUCGUCCUGAUCUACAACAGUUCUGAGGAGCAGCUGACGGCUGUUCCUGGAACAUCUCUGCACUGGCUGUCUGGAAGCGUUCCUCUCGACAUUCCCUUCUGCGGACUGAAGAACGACUACCCAAAGUGCCUCACAAAAACCAUCACCAUCCAUGAGAUGGUCUCCAUCGUGGUCUUCUUCAUCCUCACCAUGACACUGACCAUCGCCAUCUUCAUCUUCAGGAAGAUGAAGCUGGAGAAGGAGCUGGUGGCCCAGCUCUGGAGGAUCUCCUGGGACGACAUUCACAUGAGCAACCUGGACAAGGUUCUACGGAGCGGCAGCCGGAUCACCCUGUCUCUGAGAGGCUCCAACUACGGCUCCCUGGCCACCGGAGACGGGAUCCUGCAGGUCUUUGCAAAAACCGGAUAUUACAAGGUGGGUUUCACCUGCAGAGAGGAUGAGGAGUUAGAACAGGGGAACGUUGUGGCCAUAAAAUACUCCAACAAGAAGCGGAUCGAGCUGAACAGGAAGGUUCUGUUUGAACUCAAACAUAUGAGAGAUGUCCAGAACGAACACCUGACCAGGUUCAUCGGCGCGUGCAUCGACCCGCCCAACAUCUGCACCAUCACUGAGUACUGUCCCCGAGGCAGCCUGCAGGACAUCCUGGAGAAUGACAGCAUCACCCUGGACUGGAUGUUUAAGUUCUCCCUCAUCAACGACAUCGUAAAGGGCAUGGUGUUCCUGCACAACAGCGUCAUCUUCUCUCACGGUAAACUCAAGUCGUCAAACUGCGUCGUCGACAACCGCUUUGUCCUGAAGAUCACCGACUACGGCCUGUCCAGCUUCAGGUCGGACGUUGACUCAGGAAGCGAUGCUCACGCCUACUACGCCCAGAAGCUGUGGGUCUCUCCAGAGCUGCUCCGGAUGGACUCUGCUCCUCACCAGGGAACCCAAAAAGGGGACGUCUACAGUUUUGGGAUCAUCCUGCAGGAGGUGGCGCUGCGUCGAGGAGCCUUCUACCUGGAGGGAGAACUACUCAGCGCGAAAGAGAUCGUGGACCGGGUGAUUCUGGGCGAGUGGCCCUGCCUGAGGCCCACUGUGGACCUGCAGAGUCACAGCCCUGAGCUGGGUCAGCUGAUGCAGCGCUGCUGGGCCGAGGAGCCGACAGAGAGACCCGACUUCAACCACAUCCGCCUGCUGCUGCGCAAACACAACAAAGAGUCCAGGAACAACAUUUUGGACAAUCUGCUGUCCCGCAUGGAGCAGUACGCCAACAACCUGGAGGAGCUGGUGGAGGAACGAACCCAGGCUUACCACGAGGAGAAACGCAAGGCUGAGGCCCUGCUCUACCAGAUACUACCACACUCAGUGGCAGAGCAGCUAAAGCGUGGUGAGACGGUUCGAGCUGAAGCCUUUGACUCGGUCACCAUCUACUUUAGCGAUAUCAUUGGCUUUACCGCCCUUUCUGCAGAGAGUACGCCCAUGGAGGUGGUGACUCUCCUCAACGACCUCUACACCUGCUUUGAUGCCAUCAUUGACAACUUUGAUGUUUAUAAGGUGGAGACCAUUGGUGACGCCUACAUGGUGGUCUCAGGGCUGCCAGUGAGGAAUGGAAAGCUGCACGGCAGGGAGAUCGCCCGCAUGGCGCUCGCCUUGCUGGCCGCCGUCCGAACCUUCAGGAUCCGCCACCGACCGGAGCAGCAGCUGAAGCUGAGGAUCGGAAUACACAGCGGGCCAGUGUGUGCAGGAGUCGUGGGUCUGAAGAUGCCUCGCUACUGUCUGUUCGGGGACACCGUCAACACCUCGUCACGCAUGGAGUCCACCGGAGAGGCGCUGAAGAUCCACGUGUCAGCAGCGACCCGGGACGUUCUCAUGGAGUUUAACUGCUUCCAGCUGGAGCUCCGAGGAACCAUCGACAUCAAGGGCAAAGGAAAGAUGACCACCUAUUGGCUGCUGGGGGAGAGCGGCAGCCAAUGAGGACGCAGAGCUGAAGGAGGACAGCAGUAGAGGAUGGAGAGAGUCGGGUCCUUUUCCUGCAGAUGAUCCCGUGGAUGCUUUAGGAAAAGCAGAGGGGCUCAUAAAGGUUCUGGUCCACUGAGGAACGGACUCUGAGACACGAGGAGGGAGCCGGAGCGGGAUGGAGAUGAAGAGUGAGCCGGAGCGGGAUGGAGAUGAAGAGUGAGCCGGAGCGGGAUGGAGAUGAAGAGUGAGCCUGACGGGAUAAAACUGCAGCUCUAGGUGAAACAUGAAGGCAUGGCGUUACGGACCGGUCCAUCUUCAUCCUCCUCAUCUCUGUCGGUGAAACCAGGAACCCUGUGAGCUUCUCCUGGGACAGACCUUCCUCCACCUGCAGGAACCUGGUCCCACUGAGUCUGGGCCCAGACAGAACCAGAAUGUUUCUGCAGGCCCGAUGAGCUCCAGAACUGGACCAUCAGAUCCACUUUCUUAGAAAGCAUCUGGAAAACUGGGAGUGACUGCAGCAGGUCACCAGGGAGCCACCGCUGGCUCGGUUCUAGACUGCUGCUGGGACGAUCUACAGGCUGGAGCAAAGGAAACCGUGGGAAAAGGAUCAGGAACUGGACCAGAACCGAGUCCUAGUCAAAGACCUCAGGGAGUCUGGGAAGCUAUGGAUCCAGAGCACUUUAGCAGAUUAUUACAGGAUGGGAGCACAGAGGAAACGAGGACUGGUUCUGGACUCUGAAUCCUGGUGGUUUGGGAUGUUUUCAUGAAGGCAGAACAGAACCGGUGAGAUCCGGACUUUGAGAUCAGGUUCCUCCUCACCAGAGACCUGCUAGCAGCGCCGAGCUGCUCCAAGCAGGAAGUGGUGAGGACCGGUGGCGUCACCGCCGCUCCCUGCGCCGUACUGCAGGAGGGCAGCGGUUCCCCGCCGGAGAGAAAACGCCUCUAGGAGCUCGAGUCCAUCCGACACGCUGCGGUCCGCUUCGUCCCGCUGGCAGAAAGAGCCGGAGACGCAGGCGACGGGUGGAGGAGUGGAACGUACGCAGGCUGCGGCUCCACAGCGCGUACUCGUGCGUAGGGCUGGACGAUUAUUCAAUAACGAUAUUUAUCGAUGGAUAGACGUGUGGUUGAAUAAAAAGUUCAAUAGAAAAACAGUUUUCCUUCCUUGUGCAUUCUAGCCUGUAGGUUAAUAUUACAGACAUUACAUCCUCCCAACAGCCGGAGCUGCACUUAAAAUAUGUUUUUAAUUUUUUUGAUUAUUACCGAUAUCAAUCAAUAUUUCUAUUUUAUCCAUGUUUUUUUCUAUAUCGUCCAGCCCUACUCAUGCAUACUAUGCACAGUAAGCGCGUACCCAUGUGUACUCAUGCAUACUACGCACAGUAAGCGCGUACCCAUGUGUACUCAUGUGUACUCGUGUGUACUAAGUAACGACGCUCCUCUGCAGUUUUAGGUCUCAUUACAGCUGCAGGAUUCAUUCACCAUGAAAAGUCAAGGAGCUCACAGCAGCUGGAACCAGAUGUAUUCAUACUCUGAAUAUCGUGUACUUACUGCUGUUCAUAAUCUGUUUAAUAAAGCAAAGGUCACAUAA